CCAUUAUUGACCGGGCCGCUAGUCUUUUCUUGGACGUCGCCAACAUUGUUGUCCAUCGCAACAGCAGCAUUGCUCGCGACCACGACAUCAACGGUAGCAACCGGCAGAAGAGAGUUCCAUCCCAUCCCGUUGCCAGCAAUCAUCAUCAUCACCAUCGGCAUUUACUACGUCAGUUCAGUUCCAAAUACCGGUACCCAGUAUCUCUUUGCCCUGCAUUCCCAGCCUCUCUUGUCAGCUUGUCUGGGUUCUUGCGACCAGACCUCUUCGUUUGUCCCGCCAAGCACCACGCAGUCGAGACAUUCCAGCACCGCUACCCCUCGCCAAUUGAGACAUUCCUGGGCCAUCGCGACAGACAGACCGCAGCGGUGCAACGUCUGCGACACGGCCCAACCUCCAACGCUUGCACCCAACUGCCGAUCCGACGGUUGUGUGAGAAAAAGUUCCGACUCGAAAGUUCGCCCGCUCGCCCUGCCUGUCCACGUUUCCAUCAGUUCAUGGCGAGCCAUCCGACGUAACCCAGCCCUCCUGCCUAGACAGCCCAUCGGCUUUACCCUCCUAUUACCGCCCAGGAGAGAAAGAAUUCGACGGCACUUUCCACCACAUGCCGCGGUCAGCAAUCGCGUAGGCCCGACGCUGCAGAAACCAGGUCUUGGCCUGUUCUCUCACAUUAAGAAGCUCUCUUAUACCCUCAAAGCGCACCCACAGCCACGACUCGACGAAUUUACUCCUGUUGCAAUACCUCCCUCGCUGCCGCGCCGUUACCAGGGAUCCCUCUCCUAA